AUGCAGUUUCAUAAAAUCCCAAAUGUACUUGCACCGCUUGUGGGAAAGGUGAUCAGUGUUUCUGGUUGGCUUGUACAUACAAAUCGACAUAUUUCAAAGUCCAUUAAGUUUAACCAACUUCGUGAUGUGCAAGGCAAGUAUCUUCAGUUAUUUUCCCAAGAGCCCUUGCAAGUUCCCAAGAAACUGUUGGCUGAAACCAGAUGGGAGUCUUCUAAUUGCGCUGAUGCAACAGCUACUUCUUCUAGCUUAAAUGAUCAUGCUUCUCAGGUUAUCCCGUCGGAAAGUGUUGUGAACAUCACCGGUAAAUUGCAGUAUCGACCUGAACGAGAUCGCAGACCAGGAAAUGAGUUUGAAUUAAAAGUGGAAAACCUGGAAGUUCUAAACUUUUCACGUCACAUUCCUUUUAAUCCAAAUGAUGAGAAUACCAGUUUACCUGUUCAACUAACCCAUCGUCAUAUCCAACUUCGAAAUCCAAGAUAUAAUAAAUAUCUCCGGAUGAGAUCCCAUAUUGCACAUAUUGUCCGUGAUUUUUUUUAUAAAAAUGAUUUUGUGGAAGUGGAAACUCCGCUGCUAUUUAAGUCGACACCUGAAGGUGCUCGUGAAUUUUUAGUCCCCUCUAGACAAGAACCCGGAAAAUUCUAUGCAUUACCGCAAAGUCCUCAGCAAUACAAACAAAUAUUGAUGGCUAGUGGAAUUGGAAACUACUAUCAGUUGGCUCGUUGUUUUCGUGAUGAAGACUUACGUUAUGAUAGACAGCCAGAGUUUACCCAAAUCGAUUUGGAAAUGAGCUUUAUAAAUUCCCCUCAACAAAUAAUGACUGUUAUUGAAAAUCUAUUUUCCCAGAUUUUAGAAAAUCUUGGCAAAAAUUCUGUAGCAUCUCCUUUUCCGCGAAUGUCUUAUGCUGAAGCUAUAGAAUCUUAUGGUUCCGAUAAGCCAGAUUUACGCUACGGUUUAAAAUUACAAGAUCUAACGCCUUUUCUUCCCAACUCUGAAUCUUGCACCGAAGUUUUGGUCUUAAGAGACGUGAAGAAAACAAUCAGCAAUGCGGAAGCGCGCUCUUUAUGUGAGCAAGUAGGACAGGACGUGUCCUUCGUGACCAUUCGUGACAACUCUCAAUUACCCGAAUGGAAUAAAAAAAUUCCUCAACUAAAACACUUACCCCUUAAUCUUGAAAGAAUUAACGAAAAGCUUGGUCUCUCUCCAGGGCUUACACUUUUUGUAGCGAAUCGCCCAAAAUAUAUGACAUCUGGUACAACUCCUCUUGGAAGGCUAAGACCUCUUCUUCAUAAUUUCCUAGUAAAGCAACAUCAGCUUCCACAUUUAAAUGAUGAUCUUUUAAACUUUACCUGGAUUGUCGAUUUUCCUCUUUUCUCACCUGCAGAGAAUAACUCAGAAUCUUUAAUGUCUACUCAUCAUCCGUUCACUGCUCCUCAUCCUGAAGAUUUGCAUCUGCUCUCAUCAAGUCCCUUAAAUGUUAGAGCACUGCAUUAUGAUUUGGUAGUAAACGGAGUUGAACUGGGAGGCGGAAGUAUUCGCAUACACGAUCCUAAACUUCAAUCUUAUGUUUUAGAACGUAUUUUGAAGCUUCAACAGAAGCAGCUUUGCACAUUUGACCAUUUAAUCAGUGUUCUACAAAGCGGAUGCCCACCACAUGGCGGAAUAGCACUAGGUUUUGACAGGCUCAUUGCUCUUCUUGUAAAGUCCAAUGGCAUACGAGAAGUUAUAGCGUUUCCAAAAACAUCUUCAGGAACCGAUCUACUUGUAGGAAGUCCUUCUACGGUAACUGAAGAUCAACUAAAAGAAUAUCAUAUUGAAAUAACUAACAAAAUCUAA